UCAAGUGUCUCCUUCGGACGUUAAACUUGUGAUUUGCAAUGACUGCAAAGCGUCAGUUAUGCGAGGCGGAACCAAGAUUUCUUCCUUCAACACUUCCAAUUUAAUCUCCCACCUCAGGAUGAAUCAUUCAGAGAGUUACGCGGCAUUUGUGCAGCAAAGCAAUGAGAAGAAGCAACAGGGACAGGCAGCACUGAAAAAAAACACACAGUUGACGCUCAAAGAGUCCACCGAGAAAAAACAAAAAUACGCCACGGACCACCCCAGGGCAAAAGCCAUCAAUCGGAAAAUAAUUGAGUGUAUUGCACUGGAUAACCAGCCCUUUUCAAUCGUGCAAGAUGCCGGAUUCACCAAACUUGUGGAGUUCCUCGAGCCACGCUUUACCAUGCCCAAUCGCAAGUAUUUAUCAGAUGUUUGUUUACCCGAGUUGUACAGUGUUGUUUACAGUCAUGUCGAGAAGCUAAUUGCUGAUGCUACAUCCAUUAGCUUCACAACAGAUAUCUGGUCUUCAAGCGUUUGCCAGGUUAGCAUGUUGAGCUUGACUGCUCAAUGGCUAGAUAAAGACUUUGUGCUGAAGAAGUCUGUGCUUCAUUCCCAAGAGUGCCGCGGGUCUCAUACGGCAGAAGCAAUCGCAUCUGCUUUUGAAGGGAUGUUCGAGACGUGGACAAUCCCCAAGGAGAAUGUGCACGUAGUGGUCAGAGACAACGCACGCAACAUGGCUAAAGCUACGUCGGAGUUUGGUGUCCCAAGUCUGCCCUGCAUGGCACAUACCUUGCAGCUCGCAGUGAAUGGAGGUGCCCUGUCUCAGCGCAGUAUUGCAGAUGCUCUGGCUGUGGGGAGGCGAGUGGUGGGACACUUCAAGCAUUCACCACUUGCUUGCAGUCGUUUUGAAGACAUACAAAAAGAACUCAAUAUGCCCGUGAAAAAGCUGCAACAAGACGUUUCCACCAGGUGGAAUUCCACCUAUUAUAUGAUGCAGAGCCUGGUGGAGCAGAAGAGGGUUUUAAGUGCAUAUGCUGCUGAUUAUGAACUCCCCACAACAUUGACAGCAACUCAGUGGGGGAUUAUGGAGAAGAUGAUCACCCUCCUGAAACCCUUUGAGCAGCUAACCAGGGACAUCAGCUCUGCAGAGGCCACUGCUGCAGAUGUCAUCCCUGGUGUGGUGUCCCUGACACGGCUGCUUGCCAAGAUGGAUGAAUCAGACAAAGGUGUGCAAACAGCCAAACAUACUCUAUUGGAAGCUGUCAGUAAACGCUUUAAUGGUGUGCAAACUGAACCUCUUUAUGCAAUUGCAACUAUGGUUGAUGCUCGCUACAAAGACCGUUAUUUUGACCCGGAUAAGAAGGAGGAAGCACGGAAUAUGCUGCUGAAAGUUGUGGAUGAAAUGGCCAGUGUGGGCAAUGAUCAGCAAGAAGACGCUGCUGGUGCCAGUGCAGGUGAUCCAGGCCAGGAGGACCAGGACCCCCCACCUAAGAGGGCCCGAACUGGGAGCCUGCAGGACAUGUACCAAGAAAUCCUCACAGAGAAUGAUGUCGCCAAACAAGCAACUACAGGCGAAACAGCAUCACAGGUGCAUGCAUACCUGGGAGAAGCCACCAUCCUCAAGACAGCAUGCCCUUUCAAGUACUGGAGCUCCACCCAAGUCCGCUUCCCUGCACUUGCCCGAGUUGCACGCAAGUACCUCACUACACCCUGUACCAGCGUAGACAGCGAGCGGCUGUUCAGCGCCGUCUCCAAUGUCAUAGACGAGAAGAGAAAUCGCAUACACUGCCACAAUGCUGAGAUGCUUAUUUUCAUUCAGAAAAAUCUACCUCUCACAAACUCAAAUUAGACCAGUCAUAUAGUCGAGUCAGCAUCAGUCUUUUAGCCUCAUUUGUUCCACUUUAAAGGAGGGUUAUGUUUACUAGUCUGGACUCAAGCUGUUUUUAUUUUUUGUGCCUUUCUUGUUUUUAUUUGCACAUGUUGUUGUUACUCAUACGAAAGAGCAGGGUGGCCCAGUGUAUGUUUAUAUUUUAAUGAUUGUGGGUAUGGCCCGUUAUGAAGGCCAGUCAGUCUUUUAGCCCCGUUCAUUGGACUAAUACUAAAGGAGGACUUUGUUUACUACUCUGGAAGGUCUGGACUGAAACUUUGUGCCUUCCUUGUUCUUAUUGCACACUACCUUAAUGUUGCAUCUCUUUGUUGUUGCUCAUGUAGAGCAGUGCUGAUUGAGCCCAGUUUAUAAUUUCAAUGAUUGCAUUAGCCCAAGUAAUGGGCUAGGGACACAGGCUGCUUAGAUUUGUACACCUUAAAAUGUUUCAUUUUUUGUUCUUCACCUCAAGCCUGAAGUAUGUUUUAUGUAUGUUUUAUCUUCAUUUGUGAAGAAGUCAAAUUUGCCCUAUUUGUUGUGGGCAUUGUCAAGAUUAUCUCAGGUAGAGUGUAAUCCAAACUGUUGUUUGAGACAAUUUAAAAAAAUAAAUAAACAUGGCACUUUUUCCCUAAAUUAAGUUGAAGUAUUUUUCUUAUUUUGCACCGACAAUGUUAACAUUUGGAAAGCCUUGUUGCAUUCGAGAAUGCAUACAGUGGGGCAUCACAAUAACAUUAAGCAUGUUGUGUUAAUUCCACAACAGGAGAUAUGUGAUGUUACCUAAAUUAGUUUUGAGGAAAAAUAACCCACAUAUCGACAUCGGUAUCGGCUGAUAUCGGUAUCGAAAAUUGAGAGUUGGACAAUAUCGGCAUAUCGGAUAUCGGCAAAAAAGCCAAUAUCGGACAU